UGGAAUAUUUACUUCACAAGGAGGAUGGCGUUUACCUUCAGUGCUCACGUGAGUCGUAACUGUUGGACCCUUGUAGCAAAGGGAGGUGAUUCAAAGGACUCCUCAAAAGCCAAAUCGAGUCGUAUACCAAAACGCAGCAAAAAAUCGACAAGGAAAAGUCUGAGCUCUGGGGACUUUGUAGAUAAUUGGAACUCGUCAAAGCAUCCAAUGGAAGAACUGACAAGUCCAAUCAGUUCAGGCUUGGGUUCCCAUAGACGAGGUGUAGGCUUGAAUGAUAUUCCUGUAGAUCUUGGUGAAGUAUUUUCUGACCCACUAUUAGAAGAGAAGGAGCUGACAGAGUUGCCAGCAGACGAGAGCAGUUGGAAGCACGCUGUGGAAUAUGCCCUUGAAGAAAUUCACUCACAAGUAAAGUAUUCAAAGUCACAGUUUUCGUGGAUGAAGCCUUUUACGAAUAAAUCAAAGAAUACUCUUCUAUGUGAACGUUGUGAAGGUAUUGGAAUGAUGACUUGUGAAUAUUGUCAUGGUCAAGGUUUUGUAAGAUUUGGUCCAGGAAAUAAUUUUCGAAUAAGAUAUCGACAGAUUGAAGUAGUCCUUCCUCGGAGAGUUUGGGGUGACUUAUAUUAUUGUCCAUGGAAUGGAGGAAACAACGAAAAGCAUUCCAACAGAAGAAGAAAGAUUGGAAAGUUUGAAGGCGCAGCAAGUUUCUAAAAAAGGAAAACAUCGAAUAUAUUUCUUACGCGAUAUAAACAAAGAAAUGGAAGA